CGCCGAGCGAGCGAGCGGGGCGAGCCGGGCCGGGGUGGGAGCUGGCGGACGCUGGCGGGAGCCGGGAGUUCUCACGCUCCAAAAUAAUGCCCGCGGAGCCCGAGCGACAAUGCAAUGGAGGUCGCUCGUCCUGGGGCUGGUGCUGCUGAGGCUCGGCCUCCACGGGGUCCUAUGGCUGGUCUUCGGGCUAGGACCCAGCAUGGGUUUCUACCAGCGCUUCUCCAUCAGCUUCGUCCUCCAGCGGCACGGGGUGGUGAAGAUCUCGGUGCCCUUCUCGCCCUCGGCUCGGCCCGGUAGCAGAGAGGCGGCGUCCCCGUCCUGGCUGGAGUCCCCCCGGCACCGGCCGCGGAAUCCCCAGCCGCCGCCGCGGCGGCGGCGGCGGCGGCGGCGGCCCGGGGGCCCCUCCGAUUCGGGCCCCGAGUCCGGACUGUGCAGCGCGUCCCACUGGGGCUACCUGCUGGGCGGUCGGGGCCGGGCCGGGGCCGCCGGCGAGGACGAGUACGAGAAACGUUACAGCGGCGCCUUCCCUCCGCAGCUGCGGGCCCAGAUGCGGGACCUGGCCCGCGGGAUGUUCGUCUUCGGCUACGAUAAUUACAUGGCCCACGCCUUCCCCGAGGACGAGCUCAACCCCAUCCACUGUCGGGGCCGCGGCCCCGACCGGGGUGACCCUUCAAAUCUGAACAUCAACGAUGUCCUGGGAAAUUAUUCAUUAACUCUGAUUGAUGCAUUGGACACCCUUGCAAUAAUGGGAAAUUCUUCGGAGUUCCAGAAAGCGGUGAAAUUAGUGAUAGACACAGUUUCAUUUGACAAAGACUCAACCGUUCAAGUCUUUGAGGCAACAAUCAGAGUCCUGGGAAGUCUUCUCUCUGCCCACAGAAUAAUAAUUGAUUCCAAGCAGCCUUUUGGGAACAUGACCAUUAAAGAUUAUGAUAACGAGUUAUUACAUAUGGCUCAUGACCUAGCUGUGAGGCUACUACCUGCCUUUGAAAACACAAAAACCGGAAUUCCUUAUCCUCGGGUGAAUCUAAAGAAAGGCGUCCCCCCUGAUAGCAAUAAUGAGACAUGUACUGCAGGAGCUGGCUCCUUGCUGGUGGAAUUUGGGAUUCUUAGCCGACUGUUGGGGGAUUCCACAUUUGAAUGGGUGGCCAGGAGAGCAGUGAAAGCCCUCUGGAAUCUCCGAAGCAAUGACACUGGAUUAUUAGGAAAUGUUGUGAACAUUCAAACUGGACAUUGGGUUGGGAAGCAAAGUGGCCUGGGUGCUGGAUUGGAUUCAUUCUAUGAAUAUCUCUUGAAAUCUUACAUUCUCUUUGGAGAAAAAGAAGAUUUAGAGAUGUUUAAUGCUGCGUAUCAGAGUAUUCAGAACUACUUAAGAAGAGGCCGUGAAGCGUGUAAUGAAGGUGAAGGAGACCCUCCACUGUAUGUUAAUGUCAACAUGUUCAGUGGGCAGCUGAUGAACACCUGGAUUGAUUCCCUGCAAGCUUUUUUCCCUGGACUGCAGGUUUUAAUAGGGGAUGUGGAGGAUGCCAUUUGCCUCCAUGCCUUUUAUUAUGCCAUAUGGAAGCGAUAUGGUGCACUUCCGGAAAGAUACAAUUGGCAACUGCAGGCUCCGGAGGUCCUUUUCUAUCCACUGAGGCCAGAGCUGGUGGAAUCGACAUAUCUUCUGUACCAGGCAACCAAGAAUCCUUUUUACCUCCAUGUGGGAAUGGAUAUUCUCCAGAGUCUGGAGAAGUACACAAGAGUCAAAUGUGGUUAUGCUACUUUGCACCAUGUUAUAGACAAGUCAAAAGAAGAUCGAAUGGAGAGCUUCUUUCUCAGUGAGACCUGUAAAUAUUUGUAUCUGUUGUUUGAUGAGGAGAAUCCAGUGCACAGAUCUGGAAAUAAGUAUAUGUUUACUACUGAGGGACACAUUGUGUCUGUGGACAAACACCUUCGGGAUUUACCCUGGAAAAACAUCUUUCCAGAGGAUCAAGGGGAGACUGAGGUGGAAAAACAUAUGCACAGAUCCAAACCUGCAGAAUUAAAAGUUAUCAACUCAAGCUCAAAUCUGCUUUUUUUCCUCAAACCAUUUCCUAAGGAAAUGUUGUCCGAGGAAGGAAACAACCAACUAGGCCAUAGCACUUGUCCCAUUGGAGAGAAUGUCCACCUCGAGCCGAAUGGGAGCAUUUCAUUUUCUUUUUGUAAGUACCAUACAUUUUAUAUUUUUUUUUUUAUAUUUAGGAAGACUACUUUGAAGUACUUGGUAUUUCUAAAACUUUAGGCUCAAUUCUUAUUUUUCAACUUGACAUAAAACAAAUGUUUUAUUGAAACAAGAAUAGGCAUCAAAGAUUAAUGUUUUCAAGUAUUAUUUUGCUCAUGAAAGCCUACUCCAUUUGCCAUCAGCUUCCUGUAGUUGGAACCUCUGUUACCAUUCUCUUCUCCAGCAACCCUGCUAAGGCCAUCGAGGUGAAGGCAGAGGAGUGUCUAGGUGGGAGAAUCUGUGACUGGAGAACUGCAACGUGCACUACCUUGCCAGCAGUGAGAAACAACCCUCACAUUGCCCACUCUCAGACGUCUUCCUUGACACCUUUCGGUGACCAUAGGUCCCUGCGCUUGCUCCAUCUCCUGCUUCUGCGAUUUGUCUUCCACUGCUCCUGAUCUUCUUCCACUGUUCCUUCUCCUGUUCUUCCUCCACUUCUUUCUUCCUCCCCACAUCUCUCUCCACCUCUUUUGCCCCCAUCACUGCUUUCACCCCUCUUUCAUCAUCUCUGCUUCCUCCAGCCCUCUCCAAACUCCCUUACUCUAAGCACGGGUGUUCCAGGCCUGUACUCCUUUCUCUGCCACUCAUACAUCUCAGGGACAUCGUGCUAGACUUUCUGAACAUAAAACAAAUAUGUUGUGCAUUUAGCCAGAACUUUCUUGCCUUGUUGUUGCACCUGUAUGAAUGAGAAUUUUUGAGAAUCAGUGGUUUCACUAAAAUCCCUAUAUUUAAGCUCCAUGCCAAAUCAAAGCACACUCCCAAGAUGCUAAACCCCAAUGGUUGAGGGCGAAAGGCCAAUGGUACAUGUGGCUACGUGCCACAUGUCAUUGAAAGUGACAAUUCAGUCUGAUAGCUAUUGGAGAAAGAAUGCAAUGAGUUCUGUUUAAUUAUGUGAAUGAGAGCAUUUUUUUUUUCUGCCUUGAGAAGCCUGACUGCUCUGAGGUUGCUUCGGCACACGCAUACUGAAACAUAUUUGCAAAAAAAUCCUGAAAAUCAUGUGCCUACAAAGAUAAGAUUCGAAUGUUGAUAGGAUGAAAAAAGCCCAAAAUAUAGGACUGGUUUCAUGUACAUCUGUACUGCACAUGAUCAAGAGUAGGUCUAAAACAGAAGUACUAGCCAGCUUUGCAACUUUACUAGCCUUAACUCAGAUUUUUACAAUUCCCUUUGGAUGCUACGCUGAGGCCUUGCGGUAGGAAAUAUUUCCCAAUUUAGCAGUUCCCAUGCUCACUAUGCCCUGUGUAAUCUCCGCUUGGAUUAACAUAGGAUCAGUGCACCAGGAUGGAGACGGCCUGCACCUUUUUGGUGAUCCAUAUCUCUCUGUGUAAAAGAGAACACUCGAACUGUUCCAUCCCUUUUCAUAAAUCCUGAAGGGUUUUGGACAUUUGAAAGCUAGUGGUGCAAGAACUCUGCCCUCCCAGGAUUAGUGUAGCAUAAGCAGCCUCAAAGUGAUCCUUCUCUUCACUACCCCACUCUUGUACCUCCACUCUGUCCCAUGGAGUGGGGCGUGUGUGUGGGGAUCCCCCAGUGAGAGAAAAAGCCAGAAAUGAGCUACAAACAUGGCAGCUGUGAUUACACAGAAGUUGGAUGGAAGAUUAGAGCGAAAUGUUAUCCUUUAGACCAUGGGAUAGGCUAAGUAUAAUGCACACAUGAACUAAAUGUGAACCGGGUAAAACGUUUAUCUGAAAAAAUUCAGAUCAUUCACCUUCCUGUAGCCUCAUUAUAUUGCAGAACACAGGGCACAGUUUUUAUUUAUUCUGCACUAGAAUGGAAAAAAAUCUGUUUUUUACAAAGUGUUGGAAACUGCUGCGAUAACUUGUUGAAAUAUAUAGCGCUAUUGUGCUUCUUCACUCAGUGUAAUGUGCAAUAUAAUUUGCAAUUAUAAUUGAUAUUGUUUGUUUAAUCUUUGUAAAUAAGAAAUGUAUUUAAAUUGAAGGGGAGCUUUUUUGUUUUAAAAGGACCAAAUGUUCUUUUAUAGAUGUUUUAAGGUAUAUUUUGCUUUCUGAAAUAUUAGUGUUUUUACAAAUAAUUUUUAUUAAAAGAUUAUCUUUUUUGAA